AAACCCUAAAACUCAGUGGAAGAAGAAGACGACGAUGACAGAGGAGGAAGAUGGCCCUCCAAAUAAGGAGCUUUACGCACUCCUUCACAUAUCACCGGAAGCUUCCGAUGAAGAAAUUCGAAAAGCUUACCGUCAAUGGGCCCAAAUCUAUCACCCUGACAAGUACCAAGCUCCCCAUAUGAAGGACAUUGCUACUGAGAAUUUCCAACGUAUAUGUGAAGCUUAUGAGAUUUUAUGCGAUGAGAAUAAGAGGCAAAUUUAUGAUAUUUAUGGUAUGGAAGGACUCACCUCUGGUUUGGAGCUUGGUCCCAAUCUUAAUAAAGCACAAGAGAUUAAAGAAGAGCUUGAACGAUUGAAACGAAGGAAAGAAGAAGAGAAAACCUCUGCACAUUUAAGACCUUCUGGUACAAUUCAUGCUAGUAUGUCUUUGCCGCACUUUCUCCACGGUGAUGGGUUCAUGAGAGGCAUGGCUAUGAGGAGUGAUGUUCAAUCUCAUAUAUCAAAGAAGAAUACUCUUGCAAUUGCUGGAAAUUUGGAAGUUAAUGGUAAUGCUGGUGGUGGAGCUGCCACGGCUGUGUUUAGACAUCAGCUUUCUUCAGUUUCUUCCAUUGAGUUCUUGGCUUCAGCUGGAUUACAUGCACUUGUUGGAGUUCACUCUACUCGUCAUUUAUCUUUGCAUUCAACUGCUACAAUUGCAUUCGCUAUGUCUUUGAGAGAUGGUUCGUUGAAUCUCACUAAUACUUGGACACGCCAACUCUCUGAAACUGCAUCUGGAAAUAUACAACUUGGUUUAGGCCCGGAAUCAUCUAUUACGGUAGGAUGGCAAAAGAAAGCAAAAACAAUGUCAGCCUCUGGAGAAGUAAAGUUGGGCACCAGCUCUUUCGGGGCAUCAGCACAUUACAAUCAUCGAUUCUCAUCCAAGUCUCAUGGCCGUAUCGGAGGCAAAGUUGGGAGCACCAAUCUUGAACUUGAAGUUGGCGGGGGAAGGAAGAUAUCUAGUUUUAGCACUGUCCGCAUGAUGUAUUCAAUAGGAAUUCAGGGAAUUUUCUGGAGAUUUGAACUGCACCGGGGUGGUCAAAAGUUAAUUGUUCCUAUUUUACUAACGAGGCAUUUAAAUCCAGUGUUUGCAACUGGAGCUCUCGUUGUCCCUACAUCAUUAUACUUUAUACUCAAGAAAUUUGUUUUCAAACCUUAUUACCUGAAGAGAGAAAAGCAGAAAGCCUUGGAGAAUAUGGAAAAAACUUCCGAAAAGGUAAAAGAGUCAAGAGCAGCAGCUGAGAAAGCUCAGCAGUUACUUCAAAAUGUAGCCAAUAGAAAAAAAGCCAGGCAAUUAGAGAGAGAUGGACUGGUGAUCACCAAAGCACUCUAUGGAAGUUCUAAAGCUUUGAAGAAAAUUAAUGAACCUGCAGAAGGAAACGAGGACGAAUCAGCUUCACAAAUCAUAGAUGUCACCUUACCUCUUAAUUUUCUGGUCAAUGAUUCUGGCCAGCUCAAGCUCCACGAAGGUGUAAAGAAGUCGGGUAUCAUGGGUUUUUGUGAUCCUUGUCCUGGAGAAGCCAAGCAAUUGUAUGUGGAAUACACUUGUGGUCAUGGGAGAUAUGAGGUGGUGGUUGAUGAUUUUGGGGAGUUGAUACUACCUCAAGAAGUUCACAGAGUUUAAAUAUACAGUACAAAUUAUUGUCACUUUAAAUUUACAAACCACCUCUUCCAAUUUUGUAUUGUUUUUUUAUAUAUAUGCCUUUGAGUUUGAGGUGACCCAAUAACUAAUCAAUCAUUUAUUUUCUUUUUUAUACAUUACAUUUACAUUCAUUCCAAGUCGGUUGGUGUAUCUCUUUCUUCUCCCUUUUUUUCUUCUGUUGUUGCUCAAAGUGAAAUAAAGGUCAUUGCUUUAUAGUUUA